CGGAUGUUGUUGUUGACUGAUGACGUUCGUCAUAGUUGAGCGUUCGUGUUUUCACUGUCUUCGCUUGUCGUUGUAGCGGCAGCCAGCUGUUAAAUAUGUCGGCUAAUCUCACUGGGAAGUGAGAACGGAUCAGGCGAUCUACAGAAACGGGGUACAGAGGAGGUGGCAACGGGGAAGACCUAGUUGUUCUGGAAGGCCGAAGCUAGAGGAUAUCUGGAUUAAGGAAAUCUGCGUUUCCUUGGCGAAGCAAAUACGAAGCGUUGGUUAACAACGGGAGAGGGACUUAUCAGUAGAGAGAAGGAAAUGAAAAGCACCAAAAUCUGGGUCACAUCAGCCAUGUAAAAUAUUUAAAAUGAGAAAUAUCUUUUUAGAUUUCUACUUUCUAUUGCUAGCUAGCUACGAAAGACCGGCAAGUCUUGUUGUGCCACUCACUGAGACCAAAGUAUUGGACGACGGAUUGGAGAAACCGAAUAGCUGGCUAUCGUUACUUAAAUAGCUAACAUUAUAUGGGUUACGCUGACUAAACAUUAUUUGGUGGUUUGUGUGCAAGUGAGAAAGACGACCAUAAGGCAAGGUUGCUUAUGGUUUUGCUAUAUAUAUAGGCUACACUCUCGUCAGCACGAUACAUUGGCGACGUUAGUUUGGCAGCUUCAGGGAAUAGAAUGUUUCGUGAAAACGGGAGGCUGUCAGAAAUACAGCCGAAUAGCAAACGUGGCUUCCUUAUUUGCUAUCACUAUCAGGAUUUUAUAGUUGUAUAGUUACAUGUAUUUCUCUCCAGAACAAUGUGGCAUUUGUAUAGGUGUUAGCUAAGGUUGUAUGCCAGCGUGUCACACGUCGACAAACGUGUCCAGGUGCCGUGUGACAAUCUAGACGAGGGUGAGGGUCGGACAGGUGUACGUAGGUGUAGCAAAGACGGAAACCGAAGACGGUAGUUAUGUUGACUACUGCCAGCAAUACGGCGAUCAAAGAGCAGUCAGUUUUAUGGUGGAUAGCAUGAACUCGCAGCUGGAUUUUAACUCUCACAAGGGCGCAAUGCUAGUGUGCUACUUGAACAUUUUAGAUAUUAAAAUAGCAGUCCUUGGCAGAAACAUUUACACCCUAUAACCGGAUUCUCAUAUCAGUAUGCAAAACAUUAUUUGACAAGGUGCACAGGAAUUCGUAGAACAGGUUGUAAAUUAGAGACUGUAUUGCCAGGGAUCAGCUGACCAUUGGCAGUGUUGUAGACGUUACCGAAACAUAGUAUAUUCGUUUUUAUCUGGCUAGUUAGGGACCAAACCUUAAAAAGGCACCAAACCUGUGUGCUAGAAAAGGUAGUGGAGACUGUUUUUGAGCGCCAGUCCUGUGACUGUCAGCAAACGUCUGUGGACAUCGGUGUGAUGCUGCUUAGCUGCUCCCUCUGACGGACUGCCAGGCUGUAGCCAUGAGGACUGUGUGGGGGCUCAGCCCUGUCAUGAUGCCGUCUUUACCGCAGCUGCUACUUCUGUUACUGGGGACCACAUGCCAACUGGGACUGGCCAUGCCAUCUGAAGAGAGGCACAGGUUGAGGAAUCAGGUGGUGGAGAUGUUUGACCACGCUUACAAGAACUACAUGGACCAUGCUUACCCAGCAGAUGAGCUGAUGCCCCUGACGUGUCGGGGGAGGGUGAGGGGCCUGGAGCCCAGCCGUGGGGACGUGGAUGAUGCGCUGGGGAAGUUCUCUCUCACCCUCAUCGACUCCCUGGACACCCUGGCGCUCCUGAACAAGACGGCGGAGUUCGAGGCCGCAGUGAGGAAAGUGCUAACAGACGUGCGCCUAGACAACGACGUCGUGGUGUCCGUCUUUGAGACCAACAUCCGUGUGCUAGGGGGCCUGCUGGGGGGCCACUCCAUGGCGGUGCUGCUGAGGGAGGGGGGCCGGCACAUGCUCUGGUACCAGGACCAGCUGCUGCACAUGGCCAAGGACCUGGGGCUGAGACUGCUGCCAGCCUUCAACACCAGCAGUGGCCUGCCCUACCCCAGAGUGAACCUUCGCCAUGGUGUGCAGGGCCCUGCCACACGAACAGGCACUGAGACGGACACCUGCACUGCCUGUGCCGGGACCAUUAUACUGGAGUUCGCAGCCCUGAGCCGAUUCACUGGGGACCCCGUGUUCGAGGAGCAUGCUCGGCGAGCCCUGGACUUCCUGUGGGAGAAGAGACAGAGGAACAGCAACCUGGUGGGAACCACCAUCAACAUCCACUCUGGGGAGUGGGUCCGCAGAGACAGCGGGGUUGGGGCGGGCAUCGACUCGUACUACGAGUACCUGCUGAAGGCCUACAUCCUCUUGGGGGAUGACCUCUUCCUGCAGCGGUUCAACAUUCACUACGCGUCUAUAAUGAAGUACAUCAGCCAGCCGCCCCUGCUGCUGGACGUGCACAUCCACAAGCCCCUGAUGCCGGCGCGCACCUGGAUGGACUCCCUCCUCGCCUUCUUCCCCGGGCUGCAGGUCCUGAAAGGAGAUAUUCGUCCCGCUAUAGAGACACACGAAAUGUUGUAUCAAGUCACCAAGAAGCAUAAUUUCCUGCCCGAGGCGUUCACCACAGACUUCCGCGUGCACUGGGCCCAGCACCCCCUGAGACCAGAGUUUGCUGAGAGCACCUACUUCCUGUACAAAGCCACUCGGGACCCAUACUACCUAGAGGUUGGCCGCACCGUGCUGGAGAACCUCAACCGCUUCGCCCGCGUGCCCUGCGGCUUCGCUGCCAUGAAGGAUGUGCGGACGGGCAGCCACGAAGACCGUAUGGACUCCUUCUUCUUGGCCGAGAUGUUUAAAUACCUCUACCUGCUGUUCGCCGACGAGGAGGACCUGCCCUUCGACGUGGAAGACUACAUCUUCACCACCGAGGCCCACCUCCUGCCCCUGUCCCUGUCCACUGCCCUGCGCUCGGCAGCGCCCUCUGCUGACAACAACACCGUACUACCUCCCGCCGGGGAAGAGCUGGACGACUCCAACUUCGAGUGGACGUGCCCCAACACCCGGCUGCUGUUCCCCGACCCGGGCUUCCCGCGCACGCUCCGGGAGCCAAUCAGGAGCGCCGUGGACAAGAGCUGCCACGUGGCGUCGUCUCGCAGCGAGCCGGGACUAGGCCGUGCCCCUCUGAGAGCACGGGACUUCAUGGCCAGUAACCCUGAGCACCUGGAGCUGCUGCGGAGGAUGGGGGUCAGUCUCAUACACCUGAAGGACGGCAGGGUGCAGCUGGUGCAGCACGCUACCCAGGCGGUCAGCCCUGUGGCUGCUGAGGAUGGGAUGCGCUUCAUGCAGGAGAUGAUGGAGCUGUCCAGCCAGCAGCAGAAGGAGCAGCUCCCGCCCCGCGCCGUGCAGAUCGUCUCGCACCCCUUCUUCGGCAGAGUGGUACUGACCGCCGGCCCGGCGCAGUUCGGAACGGACCUGUCCAAGAGCACCACGGGGGUCCAGGGCUCUGUGGUGGUGGCGGAGCCCUACAGCGGCUGUGCGGAGCUCGCUAACGGGGUCCUGGUGGCGGGACGCAUCGCCCUGCUGCAGCGUGGCCAGUGCAUGUUCGCCGAGAAGGCCAGGAACAUCCAGAAGGCGGGGGCCAUCGGGGGCAUCGUCAUCGACGACAACGAGGGCAGCAGCAGCGACACCGCCCCCCUGUUCCAGAUGGCCGGGGAUGGGCGCAGCACCGAUGACGUCACCUUGCCCCUCCUCUUCCUGUUCCACAAGGAGGGCAACAUCCUGAUGGAGGCGUUACGAGAGUACAGAGAGGUGGAGGUGCUGCUGAGCGACAAGGCCAGAGACCGAGCUGCCUUAUAUAAAGGUAAAGCCCUCCCCAGCUACCUCCAGAGCAGUGAAGACCCUGACGGACAUGAAGGAGACUGCACAGCUGAAGAGGAGGACCACGCUGCUCCCUCCCCCUCCACGCCUGUGGACCAAUCCCAAGCCGCUGUCGGGGAGCCAGACGAAUUGACUGAGGGCGAAGAUGAGCCCGGCGCGGAGGACAAGCCCGAGGACAGUGAAGGGGGGGAGGAGCCAGCAGAUGAUGGAGACUCUAACAGCCAAUCGAUUGACUCGCUGCUCGCCGACUGGAAGGAGGACUUGGAAGCUUUUCAGCAGAUGGAAAAGGAUGAGCUUUGACAUAUUUCUCUCCCCCCCCCUCCCCCCCUCUUAACUCUUAACAAGGGUACAGUCCUGCCUUGCUACAGGCUGCGAGGCCAGUUCACUGUGGCUCCUGUAGGGGACGACACUUUGGGGUGAGCAGCAGCAGCCCGAAUCGAACCCAUAGUUCUGGCCACACUCUUACCGCUGCCGCCCCCCCCCCCCCCCCCCGCCUCCUGGUCCCAGGUGAGAGAACCAAGCAUCGAUAGCCUCCAUCUCCCCCCGCCUUCAACAGACUGCUGACCGAUGCAUGGCCGAACCCCCUCCUGCUGGGCACGGACUGGAACCCUGAAAUGACUGGAAACAAAACAAGAAGCACGCCUUUCACUUACUGUCGUUUUGUCAUGAUUUCUCUUUCUUUCCUCUUCCUCAUACAUUUCAGGAUCACGGGGACAGGUUUAAAUAGCGAAUCCCGUUGAACAGCUGCGGAAUCGGUUCGCCGAUCGAUCCACGGCGGUGAUGAUGUCACCGCGCGUUCCCCUGCGCUGCGAUAAAGGGAGAGCGGAGGCGCGGGGGUAGAUGAUAUCACCGGCCCUCCGGGAAACGUCUCUCGCUCAGGGACGCAAAGUAAAAAUGUCCCUGAGUUCUGGCUCAGACAGAGUGAUGCUGCACAGGGCGGGGUAAUACUCGUUUGUUCAGACAACACUUACGCCCACCCGCUCGCCUCCAGACAAAAAUGUUCUUCUACAGAGCUGUUUGGAGUUGAAAAUGUCUGCAAGUGUACAUAUGUGUCUUAUGUUAUCAAAGGAACUGCCAAGAGCCUUGCCUCUGAUUGGUCAGAGGGAAGAUAGAUUGACUCGCACUCUGUGGACUUUUUUGACUGCCUUUUGCGGCCGACACUGAUUAAGCCACCAUUUUAAAUUUUAGCUUUGAAAUUUGGUCACCUCUUUUUGGGCAAAUUGAGAUUUUGACAUGACUCAAGUGCCCAUUUUAAUCUAUAUUUUAAGGGAAUUGUCUGGUCAUAAUUUUAGCUUUUUUGUAUGCCUUUCUAAAUAACACAAUGAAGGUAAUAACACACUAUUAGUUUCCUUUCUCAUUUCCACAUUUACAGUGUAUGUGCCGGUUACCAGGCAUUCUGUGCUGCUAAUAAAAUUUCAGUGUUUACCAGUUGAAUGGGUAUUCAAAUGAGUGAAUCGCAAUGGGAAUUUUGCUGUAUACUGAGUUGGUUAAUAAACACAUUUUAUUUCUAGCCUUAUACAAUGGGAAAGCUGGUUUUUAGGUACACAGAAACUCACUGUCAGAUCUGUACUGUGACAUUUCUUUUGUAUAUGAAUUGGUUCUAGAUAUGUCAGUGAUCAGGUUUUGCCACAAGGCCAAGUGAAGAAGCUUCCAGAAGUCUCUCUUGCACUCCUCUGAGGCAGCUGGGAAUAGGUACACAAAUCAAGGACUGCUUUUUCAAACACGUAUCAGCGCUGGUAUUGGCAUCAUUGAUUGGAUAUCUGUUGCAGCAUAUUUUUAAUGUCCUUUGGUACCGUGAUGGCUACACAAUGUGCUAUGAAUGACAUGUCUUACAAGAUGAGAUGCACAACUUAUUGCAGUCAUUCAGAUACAUAUUUGUCAGGCAACAGGUAGAAACUUAAACUGUUGCACAAAGGUAUAUUUGGGAAAAUCCUUCUUUCAUCAAAUGUAAAAUUCAGGCUGUACCUUAAAAUAUUUGUUAAAUGCUGCAGUUGCAUAUCCAUGGCUUCUUGGCCAACAGGUCAGGUCCUGUCAACUAGUCACAAUGGAUAACACUUGAAACUGUGAAGCAGAGUGGCAGGACAAGAAGACCAUUAUAGUCUGGGAAGAAUAAUCUCCCCAUUGUGGGGAUAGACUCAUAUUAGAAAAAAUGAUUAGCUUGUCUGAGACCUGUCACCUUGCUGCUAAACUUUAAUGUAUGUUUUACAGAGCCUAAUGAUGUUUGAAGCAACUGGGUUAAGAAAAUGAGCAGGAUAUGAGUUUUAAAUAAAAGUGUAAAAUUA